UAUGUGUUGUAUAAAUAAAGAUUACAGGGAAACCCACUGACAUCCGAAGUGUACACAAUUUGGCAACUGAUUUUACACAGAAAUUCGCACUUUGGUUGAUUGGUUGUAUUGUAUGUCUGUAGAUCAGUUAUUUUAUGUUGAUCGAUUGAAUUUGUUGCGUUCAUCUGAAACUGAAAUGUCGAAAGUGUACGAGAAUAGCCUGUAUUUCAUACAACGGAUGCACAUUCCCUACGAAGAUAAACGCAUCCUUGCAUAUCUGAUCGGUGGCUUGGCAACGAUUUUUGGAACUGUGAUCUAUGGAAUGGUUGCUGCACACAAGUUUGGAGCUCUCGGGGAUGCUGGAUGCCUGUCGUUAUCAUAUGUCUACAAUCUCGAGUUCCCGUUGUUGACGGUGCUGCUAAUGGUAUUCUACGUUACUGCUUGUGCCUUCUUCUGGGGAAUCGUCAAGGAGCGGUCACAGUACAUCCUGCCUUUCUUCUGCCUCCUGGUGGCCACCGUGGGCUUUAUCGGCCAUGCCCAUGUCGAAAGAAUGUUGUUCGAAGUCAGUGAAGAAGAGCGAAGGUUCAUUAUUGUGGCGUUUGUGUUUACGACAGCCGUACUGGUUUUCGCAAGUGCUAUCACAUUGAUGCUGUACAAGGAAAUGAACAAUCUGAGACGGUACAAGAUGGAGUUUAACGAGCUUUUUGCGCCCGAGGAGAAGUAUUGAUGAAGCACCGAGACAGGAACAGAAGUACAUAUAAAAAAAAAGAUGUACAUUAAGUAGAUUAGUACAAGUAAAGUACAAAUAUCAAUUAAUGAAGAUUAUCAUAAGUAAAUCGUAUUUUGUAUGCAAAAGCA